AAUCUAAUUUAAUUGUGAAACAAUUAAGUCAAAAUUAGGAAUAUAAAUUGUUAACUUAAUUGUUUCUUUGUCUGAAAAAAAGGUGAGCUAAAUUGAGAGCCAACAGCUGAUUGGGAAGCUGAAAAACAAACGUAACCAAAUUGAAUCUCACUCGUAUUUAUAUUAAUUGUGUUCAUCUAAACAAUUAACUAAUUCUUAAUUUUAUUUUCACUUCAUGUUCCAAUUUAUGCUGAUUAAUAGUUGACCAGAAAAAGUUUUUGGUUUGGCUUUACCUCUAAUCCAUUGUUAACCUUAACACUACCAGUUAAUUGUUUAUUAUCCUGAUAAUUACAGUGAUUGUUUUUCAUGAUUAUCGAUCUCUGAGUGACCAAAGGUCAUGUAAUCAGUUGAUAUAAACCAAUCCUGUUACUUUGAUAUUCCUUUUCUUUUAAAAAACAAUCCAUGACUGAUUCAUUUUUGGUGUUUACCUUUUGUUUUUUACCAUUGGAGGCAAACCAUUUACUUAUUAUUAUCGACAAUUCAAUAUUAUGAAUCUAUUUCGAUCUGUUUUCGACAAGUUUAAUUAUCGACCUAAUUACGAGACUUCAUCAAGCUUCAGGAUGACCUUAAGGUUAAAGAAAUUUUUCUCUCCAAGUGUCCGUCAAGUGUUGACCAUCAUUGGAAUCAUUUUGAUGAAAUGCUGGAGAAAUAUUCUUUUACUAUUAACCAUUUUUUGUAUAAUUCUGGUUCUUUUGGGUUUCUGGUAUAUUAUUUUCUUUACCCCAUUGGCUGUUGUCUAUUUUCUUUGGAAAUUAAGUGACGAUUUAAUCUAUCACCCUGAUAGUCCACCCGAUUCUAGGAAAAAUGUCGCUUCUCCUUCAACGGUUCAACUUCCGUUCACUGAUCUCUACCUUACCACCGAGGAUAAUGUUAAAAUCCACUGUAUGUUCAUUCAACAACGUGACACAGAUUCCAGAUCAUCGGGUGAAUCACCGGCCACUUUUCUCUAUCUCCAUGGAAAUGCUGGAAACAUUGGCCAUCGAUUGAAUAACGUUGCCGAACUGUUUCAUUUUCUCAAAGUUAAUAUCCUUCUAGUUGAAUAUCGAGGAUAUGGUUACAGUCAAGGGAGACCAAGUGAAAAAGGACUUCACAAAGAUGCACCCAGAAAAUGGCUGUCCUUAAUUUUCGCCAGUCAGAAUUUGUUUUGAUUGAAUACAACCGAGGAAGUGCUAUUAUUAUAAACUGGGUGUUACUCAGAAGUAAUAUACAAAACGAAGAAAGGACGGAUUACAAAUGGACUUUCGAGAAAGUGUUUCAAGCUUACAAUUCGUUUUGUCUUGGUUUCGAAAAAGGUUGUGAUGCUUUGCGAAUUCCUAUCAAUCAGGAACUUAUUGAUCGAAGAAAUACUGAUUCAAUUCAGCUCCGAAUUAAAUAUGGAUGUCCAGCCCCUGAUGACGAUUGGACAAAAGCUCAACUUGAUAAAGAAGUAAGACUAUCGAUGUUUCUUGAAUUACCAUCUAAACGGCGAAGGUCAAUAUUGCAAGGAAAGACAAAAGAAAAGCAGUAAAUUGAAUUAGCGGAACUUGUAUUUCUAUUCUCUUACUGUUUUUGUGGACGAUUCAAUUAUCGAACGAUGUAUUUGUGAUAAUAAAAAUGUUGAAUUUCGAUAAUAAAUCGGCGAUAUGGUGACAAUCAAUUCCAAGAUGUUCAUUUGCAAAUCAAUGUGAUGAUCUAAAAUCAAAUGAUGAGAAAAGAUUAAACUACUAAUUAGUAACUGAGGGAGAACAAUCAACAAGAUAAU